UCCUUCAUUCUCAUUUCUCCUCCUGUUUCAUCACCUCCUCCACCGGCUCUCCCACCUGGAAGUGCUGCCAUGAGACGAUAUUUCUCCGGAUAUGGGGAUGGGAGUUUCACUUCUUCUUCUGCUCACUGCGGGACCUUGGGUGGUGGAGACGGGAGAUUCAGAGGGUUUGGGUAUGGGUACGGUAGCAGGAGCCUCCACAACCUUGGAGGGUUCAGGAAUGUCUAUACUGGUGGAGGCUACAGAGGAGAAGGAGUAAGAUAUGGGAGCUGCCUUGGCUUUGGUGGCUGGAGACAACCUGAGAGAGGCUUUGGUGGAAGAGGAUAUUUCGUGGGAGGUUUUCAGAGUGGUACAACAGGGCUUGGUGGCACCUACAGAGAAAGUUCAGGCAGGGAGGUACUCAGAGGAGGCCUUGGCAUAGGGGAACAAGGGGCUGGACAGGGACUGGGACAGGCUGGAGUUCUCCGAGGCAUUGAGGAGGUCCAUGUCAACACCAACCUGCUGAGGCCAAUACAGCUCCAGGUGGACCCUGAGUUCCAGCGAGCGCGCUCAGAUGAGAGGGAGCAGAUCAAAGCUCUCAACAACAAAUUUGCAUCAUUCAUCGAGAAGGUUCAAUGUCUGGAGCGGCAGAAUCAGGCACUCUUGGCCAAGUGGGAACUUCUGCAGCAGCAGAGCUCUGGCCCCAAGGAGAGCAGGAACAUCAACAGCUUCUUCCAGUCCUACAUCACCAACCUGCAGCGGCAGCUUGAGACCCUCCAGAGCCAGAAGGAGCAGCUGGAUCCCGAAGCCUACAACAUGCUCCAGCUUGUUGAGGAUUAUAAAAACAGAUUCGAGGACGAGAUCAACAAACGCACAUCCAAGGAGGAGGAAUUUGUGGAGCUUAAAAAGGAACUGGAUAGUGCCUACAUGGGAAAAAUGGAGUUUGAGGUCCGAGUGGAUAUCCUGAGGCAGGAGUUGGAGUUCCUUCGGUGUUUAUAUGAAGCUGAGCUGUCCCAGCUGCAAACAGUUGUUGGUAACGUUGAUGUUAUUCUGUCCAUGGACAACCAAAGGGACCUGAACAUGGAUGGAAUCAUCGAGGAAGUCAGGCGGGAAUACGAGGGGAUGGCCCACAGGAGCACAGCUGAAGUGGAUGCCAUGUACCGGGGCAGAUACCAAGACCUGCAGAACAUGUGGGUGAGUCAACGAGAGCAACUGAGGAACAGUCACCAGGAAAUCCAGGAACUUGCCAGGCAGAUCCAAAGACUCCAACCAGAAAUUGAAAUCACAAGGAAAAGGAAUUCCAGCCUCCAGGACGCUGUUAAAGAUGCUGAGCACCGUGGGAGCUCAGCAGUCAGGGACGGCCAGGAAAAGCUAGAGGAGCUGGAAAAUGCCCUCCAACAGGCCAAGGAUGACCUUUCUCAGCUUGUGCAUGAUUACCAGGAGCUCCUGAAUGUGAAGCUGGGCCUGGACAUUGAGAUAGCCAUGUAUCGAUCACUCCUUGAAGAGGAGGAGAACAGGAUCCAGGAAGGAUCACCAGCCACGAUCUGUGUCAUUGACUACAAUGCCAGAGCUUCUGGAGUCUUUGGAGGCAUACAAAGUGUGCAGGGGAGAAUGAGUUCUGGUGGUACCAGUGGGAGCGGAAUGAAAGGGCCAGUCUCUGGAGGGGGAAAAGGUGGAAGCUCUGGAGGGGGUGGAUCCUGCUCUGGUGGAGGUGGUUCCAUCUCUGGAGGUGGAAAAGGCUCAAGAUAUGGAGGAGGAGGAAGCUCUGGCAGUGGAGGCUCCAUCUGUGGAGGAGGAGGAAGCUCUGGCAGUGGAGGCUCCAUGUCCAAGGGUGGCAGCAGCUCUGGAGGGUGGGGGUCCAGCUCUGGUGGUGGUGGUUCCAUGUCUGGAGGAGGAAAAGGUUCAGGAUAUGGAGGAGGAGGAAGCUCUGGCAGUGGAGGCUCCAUCUGUGGAGGAGGAGGAAGCUCUGGCAGUGGAGGCUCCAUGUCCAAGGGUGGAAGCAGCUCUGGAGGGUGGGGGUCCAGCUCUGGUGGUGGUGGUUCCAUGUCUGGAGGAGGAAAAGGUUCAGGAUAUGGAGGAGGAGGAAGCUCUGGCAGUGGAGGCUCCAUCUGUGGAGGAGGAGGAAGCUCUGGCAGUGGAGGCUCCAUGUCCAAGGGUGGAAGCAGCUCUGGAGGGUGGGGGUCCAGCUCUGGUGGUGGUGGUUCCAUGUCUGGAGGAGGAAAAGGUUCAGGAUAUGGAGGAGGAGGAAGCUCUGGCAGUGGAGGCUCCAUCUGUGGAGGAGGAGGAAGCUCUGGCAGUGGAGGCUCCAUGUCCAAGGGUGGCAGCAGCUCUGGAGGGUGGGGGUCCAGCUCUGGUGGUGGUGGUUCCAUGUCUGGAGGAGGAAAAGGUUCAGGAUAUGGAGGAGGAGGAAGCUCUGGCAGUGGAGGCUCCAUCUGUGGAGGAGGAGGAAGCUCUGGCAGUGGAGGCUCCAUGUCCAAGGGUGGCAGCAGCUCUGGAGGGUGGGGGUCCAGCUCUGGUGGUGGUGGUUCCAUGUCUGGAGGAGGAAAAGGUUCAGGAUAUGGAGGAGGAGGAAGCUCUGGCAGUGGAGGCUCCAUCUGUGGAGGAGGAGGAAGCUCUGGCAGUGGAGGCUCCAUGUCCAAGGGUGGAAGCAGCUCUGGAGGGUGGGGGUCCAGCUCUGGUGGUGGUGGUUCCAUGUCUGGAGGAGGAAAAGGUUCAGGAUAUGGAGGAGGAGGAAGCUCUGGCAGUGGAGGCUCCAUCUGUGGAGGAGGAGGAAGCUCUGGCAGUGGAGGCUCCAUGUCCAAGGGUGGCAGCAGCUCUGGAGGGUGGGGGUCCAGCUCUGGUGGUGGUGGUUCCAUGUCUGGAGGAGGAAAAGGUUCAGGAUAUGGAGGAGGAGGAAGCUCUGGCAGUGGAGGCUCCAUCUGUGGAGGAGGAGGAAGCUAUGGCAGUGGUGGAUCCAGUUAUGGCAGUGGUGGAUCCAGUUAUGGCAGUGGCGGCUGCACUGGUGGAGGAGAGGGGGGCUCAGGGUACGGAGGAACAGGAAGCUCAGUCCGAAGAGGCUCCAUGUCUGGAGUUCUGGCAGGAGAGGCUCCAUGUCUGGAGGUGGAGGAAGCUCAGGUUAUGGAGGAUCCAGUUACGGCAGUGGUGGAUCCAGUUAUGGCAGCGGCGGCUGCAUUGGUGGAGGAGAGGGGGGCUCAGGGUACGGAGGAACAGGAAGCUCAGGCCGAAGAGGCUCCAUGUCUGGAGGUGGUCACAGCUCAGGUGGAUAUGGAUCAGGCUCUGGCAGUGGCAGUGGCAGCUCCCAUAGUGGGCAUAUGA